GUACAGACGACGAAAAAAGGUUGGCACAAUAAAAAAAAAAUAAUUGGUCAGCUUGAAAUGAAAAUGGGCCACCAAUAAAGAAAUGCAAUAUGAGGACUAGCCAAAUUUUCUCUUCUUUUUCAUAUUGCUUAACAUGAACGAGGAAUACAAUUUCGACAGUGAGACAGUACCUGUGAUGAUACAAUCAUAAAUGGACUGGGAAGAGACUGCAGCAGUAAAUGCAGCACAAAAAGAAGUCAAGAGGAAGACCAAACCUCACUCCUAAGAGCUCCCACCCCUUGAUGUAGUAAAAAAGGAAAGGGGAUCAUACAUCACCAAGAACGAAGCAAAGGUAGUCAAUUUAAUCAAUUUGUUGCAAGAGUUUGAGAAUAUGUCUAUCAGUGAAGCGAGUAGAAAGGUAGGGCUCUCCAAGUCAACAGCUGCUCGUAAACUCAAGAAAGGGACGACCGCAAUACUCAAAGACGAACAUACUGUAUUUACCUUUGAGCUGCUGGCUAAUGAGCCAACAUUGACAAUCGAAGCUGUUACAGACAACCUGUCAAAAGAAUUUAGAGAUAUACAGAUCACCCUUAGAUCAAUGGAAAAUCAUAUGAAGAAGAAGUGUCGCCUAACCUACAAGCGUAUCAUUCCUAGAUAUUAUGGCAGGAACACGGAUGAGACUGUUGCCAAAAGACAAGAUGCGGUAGCAUACUGGGUUAGCCAGAACAUAGAUUUUAUGAAUGAAUGCGUGUUCUUAGAUGAAGCUGGAUUUGAUAGGAGUAUGCAUCGCUCAUAUGGAUGAUCUGAGGCUGGAACACCUUGCAAAAUUGAUGUUCAAACGAAGGGAGCAAAUGUCAGCAUCUUGGGUGCUAUUUGUAAAAGUGGUUUAAUCAUAUUAUCCAGAAAAGAAGUUACGCUUGGUGCUAGGAGUGGAAAGCGAACUCGAACUGGUGAGAAAUCUCAGGCCCUCAAGAAAAAGGGUACUACCAGCAGUGACUUCCUUGAAUACAUAGAGCAAGUCCUCACAACACUGGAUGCAGCUAACAUGAGCUACAAAUAUCUAGUUCUUGACAAUGCAUCCAUUCACAAGGCUGCACGUAUUGAAGAUUGGGUUGGCCAACGUGGCUAUAAACUUCUCUUUUUGCCCACUUAUUCUUCUUUUUUUGAAUCCAAUCGAAGAGUUUUGGUCCAAGCUGAAGACUGUUGUAAAUAACGAUCCCUCUUCUGUCAGGCAGAAUGAAAAAGUCUUUGAUCGUAU